GCCAUGUCGACCAAGUCGGCUAUGAUCCUGGGCUACUGGGAUAUUCGCGGGCUGGCGCACGCCAUCCGAAUGCUCCUGGAGUUCACUGAAACAUCCUACGAGGAGAAACGGUACACUUGCGGGGAAGCUCCUGACUACGAUAGAAGCCAGUGGCUGGAUGUGAAGUUCAAGCUAGAUCUGGACUUCCCCAACCUUCCCUAUCUCGUGGACGGUAAGAACAAGAUCACCCAGAGCAAUGCCAUCUUGCGCUACAUCGCCCGCAAGCAUAAUAUGUGUGGUGACACUGAAGAAGAAAAGAUUCGCGUGGACAUCAUGGAAAACCAAAUCAUGGAUUUCCGCAUGCAACUCGUGCGACUCUGCUAUCACGCAGACCACGAAAAACUGAAGCCUCAGUACUUGGAACAACUACCUGGACAACUGAAACAAUUCUCCUUGUUCCUGGGGAAAUUCUCCUGGUUUGCAGGGGAAAAGCUGACCUUCGUGGAUUUCCUUACCUACGAUGUCUUGGAUCAGAACCGAAUGUUUGAGCCCAAGUGCCUGGAAGACUUUCCAAAUCUGAAGGCUUUCAUGUGCCGUUUUGAGGCCUUGGAGAAAAUAGCUGCCUUCCUGCAGUCUGACCGCUCCUUCAAGCUGCCCAUCAACAACAAGAUGGCCCAGUGGGGUAACAAGAGACCCUGCUGAACAGGACUUGUACUGCCUCUCAUUCCAUGCUGUCCUAUGGAGCUCUACUCUCUUCCCUGCUCUUUUCAGUAAACAGCAU